UGUGAAAGAAAGAGAAGAGUUCUUCUUUUAUCAUUGUUUUAAGGCUGAAGCCUGAAAGUAUCCUUUUUUAGUCUCCCAAAGAAAUGCAGCUUCCAGUCACUAAAGCUGAAGCCCACUGCUCCUAUUGCUUUUGCUUGCUUGUUUUUUAAUAGUCAGGGAAGUUUUUGGUUGGGGAAGGGGACCAUUUUCUUACUUUGUCAGCUAUUCCAUUCUGAUAUUUUUAUGCUUACACAGCCAAUUAACCCUCACAAUUUUUAUAGAGGGCUCUGGCUAUGUCUUCAGCUCUUGGCUGCUUAGAUUUAGGCCUGGUCUGUUGCACACAGUCAUAUAGGGAAGCAAGAAAAGGGGAGAGAGAAAGAGAGCUCUUAGCUUUAUUCUGUGUAGUUCACUAGUGUAAAGUGUAAAGGAAACAGAACAGAACAGAAUUCACACAAUAGUAGUAUACUACUUUCACCUUCUGGCACUGGGUUUUCCCCCUUCAUGCUUAUUAAAGCUUGCUACUUUCCUUUCCAUUUUCCUGUUUCUGUUGGAGGGUUCUCCUUAAUUCAUUGAGAUUUUGUCAGUCCAAUCAGUUGCAGAAGUUUUUUUUUGUUCUUCAUACACUUGCAUUGAUCCUCCACUUUUUGGCCUUGUUUGUCAACAAAUGCCAUCACCCAACUUUACCUACUGAUGCUUUCUUAUCAAUGGAAGCUCUUUGUUCAUUGUAAGUCUGUAAGUCAAAUACUUAGUUCCCCCACCAUUUUGAUGGAUGGAAGAGCUCAACUUUUUUCUUCAGGAGGGGUCAAAAGUGUCAUGCUUUAACAUAAUCAAGACUUUCAUCAUCUUCUGUUAGUUAGUAGUGUAUCUUCUUUUCUAAGUCAUGCCUAAUAAUGCAGCAUCCCUUUUUCUGGUUCUUUGAUUUCCAGUUAGCUUUUAAAUUGCAAUACUUGGACAUGACUGCACUUCUGGUUGCUGAAAGUCAAAUCCUUUAUGUCAAAAGAUCAAACCCUUUCUCCUUCUACUUCUAAAUGAUCUACCAACUCCUUUUUCCUUUUGUCAUAAAGUCCUGUAAGGUAUCUCAAGUCUUAGUCCCCAUGUUUGCUUACAAAACCAGUAUCUCUUGAACUAUCAAAUCGAUCCAGGCACCCAACCCAGAAUCUCCCAAUAUUUUCCUUUUCAGAUGAUCAUUUCCAUUGAAACUCCAUCCCCAAAAACACCCUUCUUCUGAUUCUUGUUCCUUCUUCUAAGCUUUACUAUGGUUUCUCAAGACUCUCCUCCACAUCAAUCCUCUAGCAUGCUACGCCAGUUCAUUCAAUCCCCAAACCAGUUAGAGAACCAAAACCUCAACACAUUCCCUCACUCUCUUGGCCUAAUGCCUUCCAUUCAUUCGUUUGAAGAUAGAAUCUCGCGGUUCUCGGCCUCUCAGGAAUCAGAGAUGAGCCACACCAGGCACUUCAUGGACCUCCUUGGAGCAGCUGCAAAUGAGACCAACAAUCACCAUGUCCAAAGGCUCUCACUUUCCCUUGGCUCUCAAAUGGGUUUCCCUCCUUCUCAUGAAGUCCAAUUCAGACAGAGUAGUAGCUACCAAAGUGACUACUCUUUCAACUGCAACAACAACAACAAUACUGCCUCCUUUGCUCCUUCAUCAUCUUCUUACGGGACCGAAUCGUUCUUCCUUGCCAUGAAGAACUCAAGAUAUCUAAGACCAGCCCAAUCACUACUCCAAGAAAUUGCAAGAGUUGGUGGGAAAUCUGUUGAGAUUAACAAUGAGAAGUAUGUAAUGAAUCUGAUUCAAAGCAGGAGAAGAGGAGGAGGGCUUGCUUCUGAGCUGAGAGCAGAAUUAUGCAGCAGCAUGAAUGGCAAUCUGAUGACACCAGAAAGACAAGAGCUUCACAUCACACUCUCAAAGCUCGUAGCUUUACUUGAAGAGAUUGAUGUGAGGUAUGAGAAGUACUACCAGCAAUUGGAAGAAGUGGUGUCAUCAUUCGAGCAGAUAGCGGGUUUAGGAGCUGGGAAAUCUUACACGGCGUUAGCGUUGCAGGCCAUGUCGAGGCAUUUCUGCAGCUUGAGAGAUGGGAUUGUGUCGCAGAUCAAUGGCGCGAGGAGGAAGUUGUUGUCGAGUAAUUUGUCUCAUCAUGUAAGCAAUGGGAUUUCGCAGCUGAGCCUGUUUGAUGAAGAAGGGAGGCAUCAGCAUCAGGAGGCUGCAGGGAGAUUGUCGCUGCAGCAGCUUGGAUUGCUGCAAUGCCAGAGGCAGCAAUGGAGGCCCAUCAGAGGGCUGCCUGAGACCUCUGUCGCCAUCCUCAGAUCUUGGCUGUUCGAGCACUUCUUGAACCCGUACCCCAAUGAUUCCGAGAAGCUAAUGUUGGCGUCACAAACCGGGCUGACAAAAAAUCAGGUGAUCUUUUUAGUGGCUAAUUGGUUCAUAAAUGCGAGAGUGAGACUAUGGAAGCCAAUGAUAGAAGAAAUGUACAAAGAAGAAUUUGCCGAGUCUUCAGAAGACUCAAAUCCAUCACAUCAGGGAGCGAACAAUCGAUCUAGCCGAGCAACAGAAGCUUUUGCGAGGGAUGAUCAUUCAGAUGAUUGAAGAACACCCGACCCCAUCCUUGUUAUAUUCCAAUCUAGUAUUCUUUAAUCGAAGUGCCACCCGAAUGCUGGUUCUUUUUAGGUAUUCACAUUAUGAUCACUCUGAAAACUCCAAGCUGCUAAUGCGCGACACGUAUUAAGAGUUCUUUUUCGCCCUUCUCCCAAUUUAUAACAAGAGAGCAGUUGCAUAAUAUCUAGGAAUAAUUGAGUCUCAUGGGAU